AUGACACAAAGCAUGAAACCAAUAUAUCAAAACACAGCAACCCAAGUACAGCAACAAAGAGCAAGCCAAAAGACAGUAGCAGAGCACGCCAUAGUAGCAGAAAAAACCAACACAACGCAAAGCAGCCCAUCUCAACAUAGCAGCAACAAACAUCAAGCGGACAACCUCAAAACAAAGCAAAAUAGCCCAAAACAAAGCAGAAACAGCCCUACUCCACAUAGCAGCAACAAACUAUUUGCAGUAGAAGAAAACAGGACAAAGCAAGCCAGCCCAGCUCAACAUAGCAACAACAACCCAUAUGCAGAAGUAAAAACAGAAUACAACAAAGCAGUCCAGCUCAACAUAGCAGCAAAAGCCAUCAAUCUGACACCCCUAAUCAGCAGGUAG